AUGUUCAAGUUGUGGCAAUGGAUCAAGGACCGCAAGUCCGCCACGGUCCGCAAAUGGCGAUCCUCGGUGCUGUUCGGCUCCAGAAGCCGAGUCGACAGCAACUUUGAUCCCUUCGAAGAUGGUAAUUUGUUCAGUGAUUCCAAUUUGAAUAUCGAACGAUCGCCCAUCGGGGGGAGUGAUUCCAGACUCCAGAGAGGGCCGAGUCGCUCCAAAAGAGCGUUCAAGAAUCUGCAGAGGAAACUGACUCCAUCAAAGCGGGAAAGAGGACCUAGAUUACCGCCAGACGACUUGAAGCCGACUCCUGAUUCCAAUGAAAUGAAACAAUUACUUCUUGAUGAAGAUGAUGUUUAUGCCGUGAGUUGUUAAAUUCCUCAAGAGUAUUUGUUAUCCCUUUUUGUCUGUCAUCAUGCAUUUUACUAUUAUUUAAAUUUCCGUUUUCGCAGAUUUUGUAGCACAUGACAUUGGCCGUCAUAAUGUCCUCAUGCUUUUCUUUUGUCUUUUUCACAAUUCCCAUGGCCAAACAGUUGGUCGAUUAUUAGUUUUGACACCUUUACUCCUACCUCCAUCCUCCUUUAUCACCUUUUUGGGCAUUUUUUUCAAAUAAUUUAAGAAUAUUUUCCCGAGGCAUUUUUUGUUAAUCUUUUUUAUUCGAGGUAUUGGUCACAUAAUUAAAUGCCUUUGGGGCUAAACUUAGUUGUUUUAGGACAACUGUUUCCUUCGUUUUCAAAAAUCCAGGAAAUUCGGCGAGAGGAUCGCGAUGACGUCAUAUUACGUAAUAAUCACCCAAUUGUUUUUGCGGUAUUUGCGUGGGCUUUUGACAAGUUUUGUUACAUUAAAAGUUCAUUUUGAUCGUUCAGGAGGAAGUAGCAGGCAUUGAUUAAGGAAGGAGACAAGUUUUUACAUAUUAAAAAGAAAGAGUAAAAGAUUACUUAACAAUAAUACGCAAUUACUGUAGGGAGUUGCGUAAUAAAUCCGGUUGAUGCUUACAUUUAAAAAAAUGCUCACAUGUUAAGAAAAUAGUUUCUUGUUUACGAGAUUUUUCCCAAAAUUUAUGGUCUUCACUCCCUCUUUCAUCUCAUUUAUCUUAUAUAUUUAUACUUGAACUUACAAAUAUCUUGAUUAUCCACAUUUUCCUCGAAAAAUAACUUUUAAUAUUCUAAUUUCAGAGUCGGACAUCCCUAAACACAUAUCAGCAGCCUUCCCCCUCUUUAUCAGUCAAUUCCGAGAGGUCUUACCGUUCAGAUUCAGCGGCCGCUCUUCCUCCAAUCGGCCGGAGUCGAGGUUAUUCCUAUUCGGUGAGAUCUCCCAACUCCCCGGAUCUGAAUAAUCCGAUUACUCCGAAGACAAGAAGACGUCUUAGGUUUGUCAUCCCCCAGGUGAGAAAAGAAAAAAUCUUUAAGGCAUAGAAUUAAGAUGUAAAUAUUACUGUGGAAAAAAGUUUUCUUUGAAUAUUACGCUUUUUCAAAAGUGCAAACACAUUUUCCGGCCUUUUUUGCACCGCACCGUGCAUGUUGCGCGACGCGAUCCUUUUCGAAACAUUUUUGCACUGUGCAAUUUUCCCGAAAUUCGCGGCGACUCAGCUGAGAAAAGCUUGCGUCGCAGCGACAUUCGGUUGCACAGUGCAAAAGGUCAAAAUGCACCCCGCAAAAGGGAGUUUUGUGCACGGUGCGACAAAAUCUGUCUGCACUUUUGAAAAAGCGUAAUAGAGAUUGGCGAUAGAAGUGAUUGUAAUUCUUGAAAUAGAUUCUGCAAGACGGACAUGAAUUAUGACAAAAGAGAAGGAAAAUUUUUAUUUACAGUGAUCUCUGUAGGAAAAUCAAAUCAAUUUUUAACUAAAUUUAUAUUUCUGCAGGUCUCAUUGUCCACAGAUGAUAAUCCGAAUGGCGAAACGACUCUUCUCGUUGGAUCCAAUUCCCAGGACAGCCUAGAUGACUUCGAAGAGAGGAUUGAUCCUCCAAAUGAUCCUCGUCCCCAGUCUUCACCCAAUUUUACAAGACGGGGUUUCGGCGACAGCGAACGAAGAAGGUCCUCAGCACAAAGGAAACAGAGUACUACACAGGUAACUGUAAUAUAAGACUGCAACAAUACAUUCACAAUAAUUCUUAUAAGUCUCCUCUUUCUUCUAGCUAGUCCAAUCUGUUAGUGGCCGUCGAACUUCAACCACUUUGAUCCCCUUAACUGUAGCUCAGAUUCAUUUGGUAAAGUCGCUUUGGAAACAGGUUUAUACAACCAAAGGGCCUACAGUAAUCGGAGAGACUGUAAUGCAUCGAUUAUUCUUCAAAUAUCCGAAAUUGAGAGAACAGUUUAGACGGUGCGCCUUGCCCGAGGGCUUCAACAACCACGACAGUUUUGGGAAAUCGCAUUACAAAGUUGUUGGAGAGUUGGUCGAUCAAGUAAGUCGAUAAAAUAUUUAAUAUGAAUUUAAUAAAAAAAAAAGAUUGCUUAUGCUGCUAUUUCAGAUAGUUGAAAGUCUUGAUAAUCUAGAAGCGGUGGGAGAAGAGCUCGAGAGAAUUGGAAGGAUCCAUGCGACCAUCCUGAAUGGACAGUUAUCCAGUAAGCAACCCUACUAUUAGACUUUAUCUUGGUUUAGGCAAAGUUUGGAAUUAUGUGGCCGAGACUUUCAUCGAUUGCACUCUGGAAUGGGGCGACAGAAGAUGUAGAUCGGAGACGGUGAGGAGGGCGUGGGCCCUCAUCAUCGCCUAUAUGAUCGAAAAGCUGAAACACGGACAUCUCGAUCAGGUAGGUGAACAUUAAUUUAUUAAAUCGAUUUUAUCCGGAACAACUAAUCCUGUUACAAUUAUUUGCAGCGAAAACAGAUGUUGACGAUGAAGUCGACGAUCGCUUCACUUGAACGUCUGGCCCUGUCCAACACCCGUUCCUAA